AUGGAUGCGAUAAGAAUACCGCCCCUGAUCGCUGACAAAAUCAGCCCUCGUGCGAGGGAGACCUUGGUGAAGGUCAAGAAAUUCGUUGAGGAAGAAUGUGUUCCUGCGGAUGAGUUGUUCGAAGCACAGCUCUCUUGGGAUCCUGAUAAACGGUGGAAGUCAAUUCCACCCAUCAUGGAGCAACUUAAGGACCGGGCUCGCAAGCUUGGUCUUUGGAACUUGUGGUUGAGCAACCAUUACGAGGGCGGUGCUGGCUUCACCAAUCUCGAGUAUGCGCUCAUGUGCGAGAUACUGGGUCGGAGCGUCGUGUCACGGGAGGCGCUGAAUUGCAGCGCUCCAGAUACAGGGAACAUGGAGGUUCUUGCGAAGUACGGCACACCGGAGCAGAAGAAGCAAUGGCUUCAACCGCUGUUGGAUGGCAAGAUUCGUUCUGCAUAUGUGAUGACGGAACGAUUCGUGGCGUCAUCCGACGCAAAGAAUAUCGCUCUGGAAAUGCGAAGAGAGGGCAAUGAAUAUGUCCUCAACGGCAACAAGUGGUGGAUCUCAAGUGCCGGCGAUCCGCGCUGCAAGCUGUUCGUCGUCUUUGCAUGCUCAGAUCCGAGCAACCCAAACAAGUCAAAGAGACACAGUAUCAUCCUCGUUCCGUCAGAUACGCCUGGCAUCGUCGUAAAGCGCGCUCUUAACGUUUUCGGCUUUGACGACGCGCCUCAAGGUCACUGUGAGGUGCUCUUUGAGAAUGUGAGAGUUCCAGCCAGCAACAUCAUCCUGGGAGAGGGCCGCGGUUUCGAGGUCAUGCAAGGACGCAUGGGACCGGGCCGUCUGCACCACUGCAUGCGCGCCGUUGGUUGCGCCGAGCGUGGCCUUGAAUAUAUGAUUGCACGUGUACACCAGCGUACAGCGCAAGGCAAGCUCCUCGCGGAGCAGGGUGUCAUUCAAGACUGGAUUGCAAAGUCGAGAAUCGAGAUUGACGCAGCUCGCUUGGUCGUGUGCAAUGCCGCAGACAUGCUUGACAGAGGUGAGGCCAAGGAUGCGAUCGUCGAGCUGGCCAUCUGCAAGAUCAUGGUGCCAAAUGUGGCCCUGGCAGUCUUGGAUCGCGCCAUGCAGGCACACGGCGCUGGUGGCUUGUGUAACGAUUUCCCUCUUGCGAAGAUGUGGGCGUACUUGAGAACGACGAGGUUGGCCGAUGGACCUGACGAAGCUCACGCGGCUCAGCUGGCGAAGAUCGAGAACAAGAAACACGCGUCCUACAUAGAUAUGAUUGAAAAGCAAAACAAGUGGGCCGAGGAACUAAAGAGCCAACACGGUAUCAAGGAGAGAGCUCAUCUGUAA